AUGAAGUUCACCUCCGCCAUCGCUCUUGUUCUCGCUGCCCUCCCCGUCAUGGUUUCCUCCGCCGCGACAGGUACCAAUGCAACCGACGCGUGCAUCCAAGCCUGCUGCGACGCCGUUGUUCCUGGAGUCAGACCCUCUGGAAAUGUCGGCAUCAACUGCCAUGCGGAUAACACAGGCGAUUGUCCAUUCACAGGCCAAGUCCGCGCAUGCUGCACGCGCAUUGGAGGGUUUGGAUCUAACAACGUCGGCACUGGCCUUGGCUGCAAUUAA